AGCACUCACGCAGUCUGGGCUGGGUCUGCUUGCUGCUUACAAGGAGAGGUCCUCUUGAACUCAUGGUCGCGCAGUGAUAACUUGAGUGAUUUACAUUUUUUCUUCUUCCAUCCCUUUUUCCCCUCGCUUCUAGCACAAGGAAGGCUCAUGUCUUUUUUAUAGACACGAUGAGUUCUGUGCAUAUAAGGACUUUCCUUUUUCUGGUAGUCUCCGUGGCUCAUGUUUUGAUUGUUUCAUGUCAAGAUAGGAACAGUGGAGAUGAUGGGAGCUGCACGGCAGACGGCCAGGUGUACACCAACAAGGACAUCUGGAAGCCAGAGCCAUGCCGCAUGUGCGUGUGCGACAACGGCCAGGUGCUCUGCGACGAGAUCCAGUGCGAUGAGCUGACCAACUGCGAGAAGAUGUCCAUCCCCGAUGGAGAGUGCUGCCCGGUGUGUCAGUCUGAAACGGGGAGCCACGGCGGCACGGACCCCUUCGGCGGUGGAGGCAGGAUAUACAAGGGUCCAAAGGGAGAACCUGGGGAGGUCCCAAUUGUCACUGGUAUCAGAGGCCGUCCUGGACCCAUGGGGCCUCCCGGCUCUUCAGGAUUCAGAGGACCUCGGGGAAACAAAGGAAGGCCUGGACUGCGAGGCCCUCCGGGUUAUGAUGGAGAGCCUGGUAUACCAGGUCAGCCUGGUGAACCUGGACCUCCCGGACCUCCAUCGCACCCAGGAGGCCUGGGAUCCCAGAUGGCCGGAGUGUUGGAUGGGAAAAAUGGACCUCAAGCCAUGUUGACUGGCUCAAGGGGAGAGGCUGGAGCAAGAGGACCUCCUGGGCCAAGUGGGGCACCCGGUCAAGCUGGACCCCAAGGCCCUCAUGGUGAUGUUGGCGAUCCAGGGGAAAUGGGUCCUAGUGGGCAAAGGGGACCUGAAGGCCCACCAGGGAAACCAGGUGAAGAUGGAGAACCAGGCAAACCAGGAAAUAGUGGAGACGCUGGAUUUCCUGGAUCACAGGGAGCCAGAGGAUUUCCAGGAACACCUGGGCCCCCUGGACUGAAGGGUCAAAAGGGCCAUGGUGGAAUAAUUGGGCAAAAAGGUGAAACCGGAACUGUUGGAUCUAAGGGUGCGACAGGGCCUCCGGGUCCGUUGGGAGCACCGGGACCCAUGGGUCCUGCUGGGAUGCCAGGGGAGAGAGGACGCUCUGGACCUGGCGGUAUAGCAGGUAAACGUGGUAUGCCUGGUAACAUCGGAAAGCCUGGUCCAAUGGGUCCAUUGGGUCUGAAUGGUCCACCCGGAUAUCCAGGAACACCAGGAAUGAAGGGACAACCUGGUCCGACUGGAGUCAGAGGCCCAGAAGGCCCACAGGGACAGAGAGGAGAGACCGGUCAUCUGGGCCGAGCUGGACCUGUUGGGCUCAGGGGCCCCGUGGGUACAGAUGGUGGUCCCGGUAGCAAAGGACCAGUGGGUAAUCUUGGCCCUCAAGGUCAAGGUGGUCAUGUUGGCCCACUUGGCCCACCAGGACCUCAGGGAAGCACUGGUCAGCCUGGUAUCAAAGGACAACUGGGAGACGUUGGAGUAGGAGGAUUUAAAGGAGAAGCUGGUCCCAAAGGAGAACCUGGUCCCCCAGGCUCCCAGGGAGUGCUUGGACCUCAGGGGGAAGAAGGAAAGCGAGGACUACGUGGAGACUCUGGCUCUCUCGGCCCUCCCGGUCCUGUUGGGGAGAGGGGAGCUCCUGGUAACAGGGGAUUCCCCGGUGCUGAUGGCUUGCCAGGACCUAAGGGUGCUCAAGGAGAUCGUGGAACAUCUGGCCCACCGGGGCCAAAAGCCGCAGUAGGAGACCCUGGUCGAACAGGAGAACCUGGUCUACCAGGUGCAAGGGGUCUUACUGGUACCCCUGGAGUGCAGGGAGCAGAGGGAAAGCCAGGACCAUUGGGAGCUACAGGUGAAGAUGGUCGUCCAGGCCCCGCGGGGUCCCUCGGGAACAGGGGCCCCGCAGGAACCAUGGGUGCGCCUGGCCCAAAGGGCUUCAAUGGGGACCCUGGAAAGACAGGUGAACAAGGAUCUGCAGGAGUGUCCGGUCAAAGAGGUCCUCCUGGUAAAGAUGGAGAAGUUGGUCCCGCUGGUCCCCCUGGCCCAUCUGGUGUUGCAGGAGAAAGGGGAGAGCAGGGACCUCCUGGUGUAAACGGAUUCCAGGGUUUGCCUGGAAAUCAAGGCCCUCCUGGAGAAUCUGGAAAACCAGGUGACGAAGGCAUUCCUGGAGAGCUUGGUGCUAUAGGUCCAAAUGGACCGCGGGGCGAGCGUGGUAUUCCUGGUGAGAGAGGAGAGCUGGGUACAACUGGUCUGCAGGGACCCAAGGGUAUUCCUGGUGCACCUGGUCCAGAUGGACCAAAGGGUAGUCCUGGUCCUCCUGGUGCACUUGGUGACGUGGGCCCUCCAGGUCUUCAGGGAAUGCCAGGAGAGAGGGGCAUCUCUGGCCCUCCUGGGCCUAAAGGGGACAGGGGAUCACUUGGGGAGAAAGGAUCAGAAGGUACAGCUGGAAACGAUGGCGCAAGAGGACUCCCGGGUCCUGUUGGACCAUUAGGACCUGCUGGAACCAGUGGUGAGAAGGGAGAACCUGGACCCAAAGGACCACAUGGACCACCAGGAUCCAGAGGAGUACCAGGAUCAAGAGGUGACCCUGGCCCGAUUGGUGCUGUGGGAUUUGCCGGUCCUCCUGGUCCUGAUGGCCAACCGGGAGUCAAGGGAGAGCCUGGAGAACCAGGGCAAAAAGGAGAUGCUGGAUCACCAGGCCCUCAAGGCCUGUCUGGUGCUCACGGACCUCCUGGGCCAACUGGUGUUGCUGGACUGAAAGGCGGAAGAGGAACACAGGGUGCACCAGGCCCCACUGGUUUUCCUGGAUCUGCAGGACGAGUCGGCCCACCAGGCCCAACUGGUCCACUUGGAGAACCUGGACCCCUUGGACCUCCAGGGAAGGAGGGUCCUGCUGGUAUCCGUGGAGACCAUGGAGCCCCCGGAAGACAAGGAGAGCGAGGACCAGCAGGACCACCUGGCAGCAUAGGAGACAAAGGGGACUCUGGAGAAGACGGACCCACGGGUCCAGAUGGUCCUCCAGGCCCAGAUGGGACCACCGGACAGAGAGGCAUUGUUGGUCUUCCUGGUCAGAGAGGGGAGCGCGGGAUGCCCGGCCUUCCGGGACCUGGGGGUCCACCAGGAAAACAAGGAUCCACAGGAACGUCUGGAGAUAAAGGCCCGCCAGGCUCAGUUGGUUCUCCUGGCGCGAAAGGCCCUCGUGGUGAUCCCGGUCCUGAUGGCCCUUCAGGAUCCGAUGGUCCGCCAGGCAAAGAUGGUGUUCUGGGACAAAGAGGAGACCGUGGAGAUUCUGGUCCAGAGGGUUUGAUUGGUCCCCAGGGACUUCCUGGCACUCCAGGUCCUGUUGGUUCACCGGGUGAUGCUGGAAGGAGAGGAGAUGCUGGCUCAAGAGGACCUCUUGGUCCCCCGGGCUCGGCUGGAAAGAGAGGAUUAGUGGGACCCCAAGGACCGAGAGGGGACAACGGUGACUUGGGAGAUCAUGGAGAGAGAGGGCAGAAGGGACACCGAGGCUUCACUGGUUUGCAGGGUCUCCCAGGACCUCCAGGUACGACAGGUGAGCAGGGAAAUCCAGGAAUCGUUGGACCAAGUGGACCCAGGGGGCCUCCUGGACCUGUUGGGCCUCCUGGAAAGGAAGGAUACAUUGGACAGCCUGGACCCAUGGGACCUCCUGGGACCCGUGGAAUCAGUGGAGAAAUUGGACCAGAGGGUCCUCCAGGAGACGAUGGACCCGCGGGCCCACCUGGUCCCCCGGGACGCCCCGUGGCUGCAAUGGACGACCUCUUUGGCUCUCAGGAUUACGACUCCGGCCCACCUCCUCCUCCUGAGUUCAACGAGGACGAGGCCGCGCCCAACAGCAACUCCUCCACCAUAGUGCCCGUGGACCCCGGCGUUCAGGCCACUCUGAAGGCCCUCAGCAGCCAGAUCAACAGCAUGAAGAGCCCCGACGGCAGCAAGAAACACCCGGCCAGGACCUGCGACGACCUGAAGAGGUGCUACCCCUCCAAGAAGAGUGGGGAGUACUGGGUGGAUCCAAACCAGGGCAGCGUGGAGGACGCCAUCAAAGUGCACUGCAACAUGGACACCGGAGAGACGUGCAUCUCGGCAAACCCUCCCAGCAUCCCCCGCAAAGUGUGGUGGAGCUCGUCAAGGAACAAACCCGUGUGGUUUGGAGCCGACAUCAACCGGGGAACACAUUUCACUUAUGGCAACAAAGAUCAACCGGCCAACUCUGUCACAGUUCAGAUGACUUUCAUCCGCCUGCUCUCCAAAGAGGCAUCUCAGACCAUCACCUACAACUGCAAGAACUCUGUGGGCUACAUGGACGAGAAGACGGGCAACUUAAAGAAAGCUGUAAUCCUCAAAGGCUCCAACGACCUGGAGCUCAAAGCAGAGGGAAACAACCGCUUCAGAUACACAGUGAUGGAGGACACCUGCGCACAAGCAAACGGCAACUGGGGCAAGACAGUGUUUGAGUACAGGACACAGAAAACUGCAAGGCUUCCUAUUGUGGACAUGGCACCUGUGGACAUUGGCGGCCCAGAUCAAGAGUUCGGCAUCGAUAUCGGGCCUGUGUGCUUCUUGUAGAACUGUCAGCAGGGAUGGGUGCAGGAGGAGCCUGGGACUAUUGAACUGACAGCUGACACGAUCAGCCACAUUGUACAUACGAGUACUGAGGACUAUUGUGGCCCUGUGGCAAGAUAUUUAUUGUGCCUUUCAACCCACUUCAACACAUGAAAGAUUAGGAAGUUAGAAAGAAUGUUUGGCAUUUACUUAAAACAAUUGGUAAUAAUCACAAUCAUUCCAGUUUUCUUGUGUAUGUUUGACAUCAAGCGUGAUGCAUUUUGAGGCUCAAAAUGAUGAAGUUUGGUCCAAAUAAAUUACCCUUUUAUUUCACAAAAACUUAUUUUGAAAGAUUUAUGCAUAUUAAAGCUCUAAAAUUGUAAUUAGAACUGCUGUCUAUGGGCCCAGAGAAAUCCCACUGAAGUUUUGGUCCCUCCACUAGUAUUUUUUAGACUUCUUUUGUUUACAUAUUUUUUUGCAUAUACAACGACAUUGUGGUGCUAUUGAGGAAACAAAUUCAGCCGACGAUGCAGUCACUCAGCGUAGGAAUUGCACAGUUUCAAUGAACCGACGUCUGUAUCCAGUUUUUUCUCCAAACUCUGUACCGACCACGUGGAACAUUAAACAUUCAGACUGUGGAUUCCUCAGUGUCAGCUACCUCGUCACCGAAACUGGGACCCAACGACGCUGCGUGUAGAUCUUCCUUCACAGGUGCUGUUUUGUAAGUGAUCCUUGUGCACUGCUCCCGGCUGCACGGUGCGGGGAUUCCAAUAAAGAUCUUUCCGUCAACGAUGGAGAUGUGAAUGAGGUGUCGCCUGAGUGGUGUGUGGUGAUUUGUAACACUUUUUCUUCGGUUUCAGUAUCUUACGGUAAUAGGUAGCAGAGAAUAUUCUAUUUUAUGCAUGCUAGUUCCCCAUUUUCAGUGUCCUGGACUUGUAUGCUCUUGAAAAUCCUUUUUAUAACCAGUUUUCCAGGAUCAGGCCGGUGUGAGUGCCUGUUUGCUUUGUAUUUCCUGCUAUGCAACAAAUUAAACAAACUGCUUGUUGAUCCCCCCCCAAGCUCUUGUCAUAUUGAUUUAGGUGAAGUUGGGUCCUUCGAGCUUGUCAUUUCGCACACGGAUUCAUUUGUUAAAGAUAAUUGUAAUUGUUUAAAAAAGCAUUUAGGUGUGAUGUCCACAGUUGUUUAUAAUGUAAACUGUCUCUUUGAUUGAUGAAGUCAUUCUAUUGUUACCAGUUGGUUCAUUAUUUAGUAUAUUUAUUAUAGAUUUGUAACAUUGGCGAGGCUGGACUGCCAGCUUACACCCCAGAGGCACAGAUGAAGAGGAGGAAGAAGAGGAGGCUUUCCACACUCCAAGUGUAUUUCGUCGUUGAAAAUAAAUAUUGAAAAUA